AUGCGUGCUGUUGUAUACGAAAGUCUAUUCCGCGUCACCGUUCAGGACGUUCCAAAGCCUACUAUCGAGCAUGCCGAUGAUGUCAUUGUCAAAGGCGCGCCUUUUUGCAUUUGCGGAAGUGAUCUGCAUAUGUAUGAAGGGCGUACCAGAGCGCAAGCUGGUAUAGUCUUCGGCCAUGAGAAUAUGGGUAUUGUCGAGGAAGUCGGAAGUGGGGUCGCGCUGCUGAAGACUGGUGACCGAGUGGUCAUGCCAUUUAACGUUGCUUGUGGGCGUUGUCUUAACUGCGAAGAGGGCCGUUCGGCUUUUUGCACCCACGUCAAUCCAGGUUUCGUGAGUAAUGCACUUAGCUAUGUUGCAAUGGGACCGUACCAAGGUGGACAAGCCGAAUAUGUCCGGGUUCCAUUCGCCGACUUCAACGCACUCAAAUUACCACUCGGCACCGAGCACGAAGAAGACUUUGCCCUCCUGGCUGAUAUUUUCCCGACGGGAUGGCAUGGCGUUGAAAUCUCAGGUUUUCGUCCGGGAGAGUCGGUUGCCGUCUUUGGCGCUGGACCAGUUGGUCUGAUGGCAGCCUACUCUGCUUUGAUACGCGGCGCUGCUGAGGUAUACGUCGUUGAUCGCGUCCCAGAGCGCCUGGAAAAGGCCAAGGAAAUUGGUUGCAUCCCGAUUAACUUUACCGAGAGCGAUCCCGCUGAUCAAAUCAUCAAGCUGAGAGGAGGCAAAGAAGUCGAUCGCGGAGUCGAUGCUGUCGGUUAUCAAGCUACCUCUAGCGAUGGCAAGACUGAGCAACCUAACGCGGUACUCGAGGCGCUCAUCAAAGUUGUCCGACCUACCGGAGGAUUGGGUAUACCCGGGUUGUACGUACCGACAGAUCCUGGUGCGCCUGACUCUGCUGCCGCCAAGGGAUACAUCUCUUUCCCAUUUGGAAAGCUCUUUGAAAAAGGUCUGACCAUCGGAACUGGACAGUGUAACGUCAAGUCCUACAAUCGCUAUCUUCGCGAUUUGAUCAUCGCUGGUAGGGCGAAACCCUCCUUCGUUGUUUCGCAUAACCUGCCGCUUGAGGAUGCCCCAUCGGCAUAUGAAAAAUUCGACAAGAGAAUUGAUGGGUAUACGAAGGUCUUGUUGCACCCCGGACCUUAA